ACCAUUCCGCCACAUCUCAUCGAUCAUCGUCGAUCUCCACUCCUUCCAUCAGAGUCGGCGCAAUCAACCACACACCACCAUCUUCCGCCAUAGCUACCUCCGCCGUGGAGUAUAAUACCGCAGUAUACAAAAGCUAGCUAGCUCCGGCGACAUUAGGUAUGUUUGAAUAGGCUGAGGAAUUUCGGCAACACCGCGCCGUUGAUUCUACUCUCUGUCGACUGGAAUCGGCGAUUCAAUUUCAAAUAUCCACCACCAGCUGCCGCCAUAGCUAGCUAGCUUCGCCGUUAUCAGGUUUCUGUGAUGGAAGAUUCUGCAGCAGGAGAGGACGAGAUAACGGAAAUCGUGGAGUACAGAGAGGAGGUUGGGGAGAGCGAGAAGGUGAGCAGAUUGAGCAGGAUGUUGAGCGCAGGGAUGAGAUUGGGGAAGAAGGUUGCGAUUGUAGGGAUUGUGGUCUCAUCUGCUCCUGUCCUUCUUCCUCCGCUGGCGGUGAUCUCCGCGCUAGGUUUCGCCUUCUCAGUUCCGUACGGCUUCGUGUUCGUUAGCUACGUCGGCACUGAGAAUCUCAUGAGAAAACUUCUACCCCCGCCGGAAAUCAAAUACAUAACUUACGAGGAGGAAGGAGGAGAAGGUGUUGCAGGUUUGGCUAUGGAGGACGACGGAGAAGGAAUGGAGAUUGAAUUGGUAGAGGAAGAGUUGAAUUCUGGAGAGGUAAAGGAAGAAGAGAUGAGGUUGCUUGAGCAAGUCAGUUAUGGCGACGAGACUCAGUAUUCCGGCGGCGGCGCCGCCGCCGCCGCCGGAACAGAGGAGGAGGCUAUUGUAUCUGAAGUUUGUACUACAAAGACAGAUGAUUAUGAUGUGGUGGUUGUCCUGGAAUCACAGGAGAAUGAAGAUAGUGCCCCAUCGAUCUUCGAAGUUCGAGUAGACGAGGAAUCAUCCGAGACUGAGGAUGAAAAGAAUGCUAUGGAAGAGGGAGUUGGAUACACGAUUGAUGAUGACAAUAUUAUCGACGAGGACGACGAAGGGGCGAAGGCUUUGCCUGGCGAUGUAGAAGGUCAAUUCGACGAGACAUUUGUGGAGAAUGUAGGUGAAAAGGAUGAUGAUGAUGGUAGUGUGAUUGUCGUCCCAGGGGCGACGGCUUUCCCAGGUGAUGUAGAAGGUCGAUUCGACGAGGCAUUUAUUGAGAAUGUAGGUGAAAAGAAUGAUGAUGGUAGUGUGAUUGUCGUCCCGGGAUCGAAAGAGCCGACGGCUUAUCCGGGUGAUGUAGUAGAAGAUCGAUUCGACGAGGCAUUUAUUGAGAAUGUAGGUGAAAAGAAUGAUGAUGGUAAUGUGAUUGUCGUCCCGGGAUCGAAAGAGCCGACGGCUUUUCUGGGUGAUGUAGAAGGUCGAUUUGACGAGGCAUUUGUUGAGAAUGUAGGUGAAAAGAAUGAUGAUGGUGAUGUGAUUUUCGUCCCGGGAUCGAAAGAGCCGACGCCUUUUCCGGGUGAUGUAGUAGAAGAUCGAUUCGACGAGGCAUUUGCUGAGAAUGUAGGUGAAAAGAAUGAUGACGGUAAUGUUAUUGUCGUCCCGGGAUCGAAAGGGGCAACGGCUUUUCCGGGUGAUGUGGAAGGUCGAUUCGACGAGGCAUUUGUGGAGGAUGUAGGUGAAAAGAAUGAUGACGGUAAUGUUAUUGUCGUCCCGGGAUUGAAAGGGGCGACGGCUUUGCCGGGUGAUGUAGAAGGUCGAUUCGACGAGGCAUUUGUGGAAGAUGUAGGUGAAAAGAAUGAUGAUGGUGAUGCUAUUUUUGUCCCCGGAUUGAGGUACAGUGAGGACGAUGAAGAUGAUGAUAGGCAGGGGAAUGUGGAAGGUCGAGACGACGAGCCGUUAAUGGAGAAUGUGGAGGGAAUUGAAUCAAAGGUUGAUUUUGCAAUGGAAACAGAUAGCAGUGGCAAUAUGAUGUUUGUUGGUGUCUUGGAAUCGAGGGACGACGAGGACAAAGAUUCUUUGUUGGGUAAUAUCGAAGGUCGAGUUGUCGAGCCAUUAGCGGAGAAUGAGGGAGAAAAGAAUGGUAUAAAUGAGGAAAUUGUAUUCGAGAGCAAUGUGGUUGUUGGUGUCCAGGAAUCGAGCAACAAUAAAGGUCGAUUCGACGAAGAUUCUACGUCGGGUAACGUAGAACGUCGAUUUGAUGAGCCAUUAGUGACAAACGAGGUCGAAAAGAAUAGCAUAGAGGGUGGAUUAAUUGCAUCCGGCGUCGAUGCCGAUACAAAAACAGAUGAUCAUAAGAAGCAUGAGGAAUUAUCCGAGGAAAAAAUGGUGUCUUUCGAGGCUGUCCAAGAAACAACUACGUAUAAAACCGGCAACCUUGCUAGUGAAAAUGAGCAAGCUGAUGAGAUUUUGAUGAACAAUAACAUAGAGAGAAUCAUUGAUCGACGUGAAAAUGCGGACAAUGCGGCGCAAGAAAACAUAGUAGAUGGGUUGUUAAAGAAAGAACAGAGGCCUGUGGGACAGAGUGAUAAAGAUGGUGCAAUUUUCGAAGACGAAACAACAUUGGUGCUACCGAGCGGAACUGCUGAAAACAUGCCGAUAGACGACAAAGCUGCAGGAGAGUCGGGGAAGGAAGAUAAUGGUGGCGAGUAUCUUGUGGAGAUAGCAAUGACCGUAGCCGAGCCGAAGCGGGAAGAAGUUGAUGCUCCUGCGGUAGAUAGCGGGUUACGAUCGAACGAGGCGGCGCCGAGCGAGAAAGAUAUUUGGAAGAAAAUCGAUGCGAUAAGGGCGAUAGUGGGGUUCGAGAGACCAAACGAGGCAUCGUACUUUGAGGAGCUCAAGGCAUUGUAUUUGUUCACCGGAAUCGAGCCACCAUCUUCCAUUGUUGAUUCGUCCGAUGAUCUUUCGGAGUUUAACAAGAAUCUUAGCUUCCUCAUGUCGGUUAUCGGUGUCAAGUAAUAAUGGGACAGACGUAUUUCCCUUGUCCGACAGGUACCCUUAAUAUUGUUGUUGUGUUUUAGUAUACCUUUUUUUUCUUGUUCUUGAGGGAAGAUUUUAGUUUUUGAUGUGUUCUAUCUGAUAUUCCCAGACUUUUGAUUGCCAAAUAAAUCUGUGAUCUUCAGCCUAAUAGUUUAA